AUGUCUUGUUUUAUCACCAAACAACUGACUAUGUGUGGACAUCACGGUGAGAAAAUACUUAUACAAAGUGCAGUAGUUAUACCUCAUGUCUUGGAAAAGUUUAGAGUGAUCGGGGCGUUGGUCAAUAGUAGAAGAUUCGCACGUGCAUAUGGUUGUCCAGUUGGUUCACCAAUGAAUCCUGUUACAAAAUGCGAUGCAUGGUAA